UCCACUCUCACCCACCAUGUUUCCUCAGCCAUGGAUGUUGGUAGCUAUAAUCAGUGCAACCUUAUUACCCAUGUCCUCAAAGGUUAUGUCCUUUCCACAAGCUGAUAAGGUGAAAACAUUGCCUGACCAGUCACCUGUUUCUUUCCAACAAUUUGCUGGCUAUGUAGCUGUUGAUGACAAGAAUCAGAGAGCUCUUUUUUACUACUUUGUUGAAGCUGAAACCAACCCUUCUUCAAAACCUCUAGUUCUCUGGCUAAAUGGAGGGCCUGGGUGUACAUCUGUUGGGAUUGGAGCUUUUACUGAACAUGGUCCUUUUGUUACAAACCAAGGAAAGACUAUUGUGAAAAAUCAGUAUAGUUGGAACAAAGAGGCAAACAUUUUGUACCUUGAAUCACCAGCAGGCGUUGGAUUCUCUUAUUCUGACAACCUGUCAUUUUAUCAAACACUUAACGACGAGGUCACAGCCCAAGACAACCUGGUUUUCCUGCAGCGCUGGUUUGCCAAGUUCCCAGAGUACAAAAAUAGAGAUUUUUAUAUAAUCGGAGAGAGUUAUGGAGGUCACUAUGUACCUCAACUUGCUGCACUCAUUAUUAAGAGCAAAGUGAAUUUCAAUCUUAAGGGCAUAGCAAUAGGAAACCCUCUUCUGGAUUUUGACACUGAUAUGAAUGCAGUUGAUGAAUAUUACUGGUCUCAUGGAAUUAUAACUGAUUAUGCUUACAAAAUCAGGAUCUCUCUAUGUAAUUCGUCUAGAAUAUUCAGAGAAAUCUUGAGUGGCCAAAUUUCCAAGGAUUGUCUGGUUGCAGCUAGAAAAGUCUCAGAAGAAUAUUCUUUUACAACUUCCAUUGACCCAUAUUAUGUUACUGGAGAUAAAUGUCUUUCUUACAAUGUUUCUCAGGCAGGUUUUCUUAGGGAAAUGCUAAAUUCAGGAAUGUUUCAGUUUAGGAAGUCCCUUAAUGUGCAGCAAAUUGAAGAACCUGACCAGCAAAUUGAUGAAUGUUAUCUGAAAUAUUCAGAUAUGUACUUGAACAGAAAAGAUGUGCAGGAGGCUCUUCAUGCCCGGCUGGUGGGAACCACCAAUUAUCGUUUAUGUAGCAAGAUCGUGCAAACGAAUUAUGACCUAUUAAGCCGAGAGAUAUCAACAAUUAAUGUUGUAGGCUUCCUUGUAAAAUCAGGCCUUCGAGUCAUUGUUUACAGUGGGGAUCAAGACUCUGUGAUUCCAUUUAUGGGCACGAGAAGAUUGGUUGAUAAACUAGCAAAGAAUCUGGGACUUAAAACAUCAGUGCCUUAUAGUGCUUGGUUUGUGGACAAGCAGGUUGGAGGAUGGACACAAGUUUAUGGCAAUCAUCUGACGUAUGCCACAGUAAGAGCAGCUUCACAUGCCACUCCAACUACUCAACCAAAGAGAUCUUUUAUAUUGUUUAAUGCGUUUCUUCAAGGGAAACCACUCCCUAAAGCAUGA